UGUGGUGUUUCUGUCGUCAGGCCGGGGCAGGGGUGUCCAGCCAUGAGCCCUUUCUCCCAGCCGCUCAUCCUCUGGGGAUUUCUGACUCUGACACAAUUCUCUUUCCUGAAUGGUCUGAGAGCCUUGCCGAAGACUUGGAUCCGGCCGGAAGAGACUCAAGGAUGCCGGGCCGCACCCACCAUCUCUUCUGGUGCCACCAUUUUGGCCACACCUUGGGGGCUGAGAUGCUCAGAAUCAAAACUGGCCUACCCUGGCUGGCUGUUGAGGAUAAGAAAGUGGAAGGCAGUCAUUUUAGAACCAAAGGAAGGAUCCUCGUGCCAGCUCCCCCGUGACGCCGCCCUAAGCCCCGGCUGCCUCUUUAAUCCCGACAAUCCGUCCUUGGAGGCCGAAGGGAGUGCUGCCGCCUGCGUGGGAGGGAGCCAGGCCAGGCCAGGCCUCGAGUGUGCCGGCCCGGCAUCCCGGAGCACCAUGAGCUGGCCAGGCGAGGACUGGAAGGUGGGGCUGCCGGCACAGGCCUUGCGGGCCAUCGCCGAGGUGGAGCAGCACCUGGCGCGCCUGCAGAAGGAGCGGCAGCAGAAGCAAGUGCAGCUGGACACGCUGGAGGCCGCGAUGCACAAGCAGCGGCAGAAGCACGAAGAAGAGAGGGCCUCGUGGGCCCUCCUCUCCCAGCAGAACCGGAGCUUGGCAGAAGGUCAGGAGCAGAUGGAGCGUGCCCGCCAACGCCUGGCCCAGGAGCUGCAAGCCAAGGAGGGCCAGCUGAGCUGCCUGGAGGCCCAGCUAGUCCAGGCCACCCGCCGGCAAGCAGAACUCGAAGAAGAGCUACGCAGGUGCCAGGUAGAACUGGAGAAGCUGCGCUCACAAUCCAACCUGGUUCUCCUGCCCCCCCGGUGGGGCUCCCCCACACCGUGGGCCGAAGGUGGUGCGGAGGCCAAGGCAGAGCCCAGCAAAACUCCUGGAGCUGGAAAAAGGAAGGUUCAGUGCAGCAGCCGCACAGCUGGGGGUCCCAACUGGGCGAAGGAGCCAGGAACAUUGCUGCCCACUGCCCCACCUGGAAGCCCCAGUCCCACAGAGAACGGUGGGGGAGACUGUUCAGCGGCAGCAGAAGCAGCGUCCGUAGGAGAACGACUGAAGAGAGAGAACCAAGGGCUCCAGCUCGCGCUCGCCAAAGCGGAGAGUCGGAUGCGCGAGCAAGAGAGGGAAGUGUGGAACUUGCAGGGGCAGCUGGGGCUCGCCCAGGCCGAGCUGGCUCGGUGGAAGAAGCAGCGAGGAGACCAGGCCGAGGCCAGGGCGCCAGCAGCCCAGGGCAGGAGGCUGUCGGAGGAUGUGAGUGCCCAGCACCGGAGCAGAGACCACCAGAAGGGCCCGGCGGGGACAGAGAGGGCAUCAUCCGGCAGCAGCCGUCGUAGUGUGAGCUCCUCCCGCUUGGAACAGCCAGCAGAGAAACGGGCAGCCCCCGGCAAGCAAAAAGGCCUCCCGUCGCUGAGUCUGCGGGCCCCCGGUACCGAGCAGGAGGAGUUGCAGGCCCUCAGAGCUCAGGUUCUGACCCUCCGGCGGCGCCUGGAGGCCUCCGAGGUCCAGCGCAAGAGCCUCUUCGAGACUUGUGGGCAGCAGCCGAAGGCGCCGCUCUGGCUCCAAGCAGGACAGACGCCUCUGCCCCAGCAUCAGAGGAGGGGCUCCCGAGCGCUCCCGGGCGAUGGCCAGGCUGCACCCAACGAACAGGGCAUGGGGAACGGAGACCACGCGGUAGCAGGAGCGGUGGCCAGCGGUGGCCAGUGGGCUGAGGAGCAGCUGGAGGGCCAAGCAGAGGAAAAGACGGCGCUACGGGCCCGUGCGGCAGAAGAGGUCCCCGGGAAAACGGACGUGCCGGCCCCACCCGUGGCCGAAGCAGAGGGCCUCGCCCAGACCCCCAUGUCGGCCAGAGGAGGGGCGGAUGCCGAGGGGAACGUGGAGGCCUUGCGCGAAGACCUCCGGGCCUUAGCCGCCGGGAAGGCCGAGGCGGAGGCCCAGGCCAGCUUAGUCCAGCAGAAGCUGCAAAACCUGCAGGCCAUGGUGGGGAGGCAGACGGAGCGCUUGGCGCAGGCCAUGGAGGCCCAAAGCCGCCACGUGGGAGAGCUGCUUGUGGACGUGGAGGAGAAGGACCGGCUCAUGGACGGCCUGCGCCAGGAGCUGGAGGAGACCAGAAGGGCCUUGAACCUGGCCGACGCCAAGGGCCGGCGGCUGCAGGCACUGCUGGGGGAGAGGCUGGGCGGUCCUCAUGAAACCAGCCCCACCGAGGCCCCUGUGGCCGAGCUGCAGGGAGGCAAAGGGUGUGCUGGGGACGGCAGCCUCGCAGAAUGUCCUCGGGAAGAGGUGCAGGCACAGCCAGGAGUGCAAGAGCAGCUGGAGACCUUUCUUGCUCAGCUCCUGCGGGAAAACCAGGCCCUGCGCGAAGAACUGGCAAGUUGGAAGACGUGGAGCCAAGAAAAAGAAAGCAACAGCACUCUCACUCCCCUCGAAUCAGCUUGUGCAGGAAACAGCGGAGAGGGAGAGCCUGAAAUUGUUCUAGAAGCAGCCCAGGUGGAGGAGCCCUCAUUACGGGGAAGCUGGCGAAGUGUCCAGACCCAGACGGAAGUGGGCCACCGGCGCCGGGAACGGGUCUCCGUUGCCUUCGACAACACCCAGUAUGAACCCUAUGGGCUCCCCGAGGUGGUCAUGAAGGGUUUUGCCGACAUCCCGUCUGGACCUUCUUGCCCAUACGUCCUUCGCCGGGGCAUUCUCGGAAGUGCCCCCAUCGCCCAGCUGGCCCCGAGAGCAGAACCAGAAGAGGAUUUCCCUGAAGCCGAGGAGGGGACGGGCGUCUGAGAACAAAUCCCCCCCAGCACGAGCCAUCGCUCUCCUGUCACUGGGCCGUGGGGGCACGCGGUGCUUUUCCAUCCAUGGCACCACCACCAAAAAGAUCGCCAUCUGUGCUCGAUCCCUCCGCCAUCACCGCUGCCCACCUUUGCUUGCGCGCUUCCUGCCACCAGUUUUGAUCUGUUUCUCUCCAAGUCGACUGGUUGACAGCUUAUUGGGACCUUCUUGUUGGUUCUUUGCAUGGAUCUGUAAAGUUUAUGAAAUCUGACGUUGCCAAGAGGCGGUUCUAAGCCGAAGGAACCAUUCCAGCCCCACCUGCUUCCUUUGAAUGUGCAGAGGUUCCUUUAAAAAAACGAGGAAGGUAAUUUGGGUGCAUCUAUUGGAAGAAACUGGAAGAGUGCCGGGGACAGGGGGGCAGUUUUCCCCUCCCCUUGUUCAUCAUUGGAGGAAUGCAUCUUUCCACAGGAGCGGUUGCUAUUUCACUGCCAAUCAUGAACGCCCGUUUCUCUGGUUGGCUUUUUUCAAGUAACCAAUGGCGAAGAGGAUCGAGCAUGUGGCUGGGGUUGGUACCCUCCCAUCCCACCUUUUUUGGCAGGGGGGGGCUUUCCUGUCAACAAUAAACAUGACGAUCCAAGGAGCCAGCCGGCUGUGCUGACUGACA